UGGCCUUUGUCCUGAUUCAGUUUUAUGACCUCGCAUCUUAAUCGAAUUAAACCACACCACAGUACAGAUUUGACUGGGUCGAAUUAAGAGAAGGCGCUGCUGAUGCCAGGUGGGUUCAGUGGACUCUAUGACGCUUUGACCUCGAGACUCGGGCACGAGAGGCCACUCACGACGAGUCAGGUGCUCACCUGCUGCGUCCGCACUCUACAGGGGGAGGGAAUCGGUCGCCAGAGGGGACUCAGUCACAUGCUUUCAGUCCGACUUCACUUACUCUUGAAUGGGACCACGUCAUAGCGCCGGAGCGCAAACAGUCUCCGGGAUUUGGCCGCAGACGCGCGCUGAGGCUGCAGGAGGACGCAGCGAGCGCGCUGAUGGCUGAGUGACAUUUGAGGAGGACCGGGGACUAUUGUGCGUCUUAUUUAUUCGCGGGUACUAGUCAGCGACGCGGAGCCCAUCGAGGACACAAUUGGACUGUUUCUUUGGUGGUUUUUUUUUUUUUUUGUUGUUUUUUUUUUUUUUUGUCGGACACGGACGCCGGAUGGACUUUGCGCCGCGAAGUUGUUGCGGAGGCGACGGGACAUUUAUUUUGAAAUGUAAAACGAAGCCACAGCUGAUCGCAUCUCUGUGCCUAUGAGUAAGAGGGCUGCUGAUGACUUUAGUAAGCAGACAGAGACAUUCCAGAAAUUACAGUUUGGGACCCACAAACUGGGCAGACUGACGAGCUCACAGUCAUUACCCGAGGAAUCAAGUUACCACUACCUCUUCGGCACUGCAGCCCAAAGAUGUCACAUCUAAUUUACAAAGUCGGGAGGCAAACAUCCAGCCCAGAGAGGCUUCUCCCCGAACAUCUCACCCUGCAUCAUUUAUCAGAGGACGCAACGAUGGGGAUUUUUUACAAUCCUGGAGAGCAGGAGCCUCAUAGAUUGUAGUCGUGUGUGUGUGAUGUAGCCCGACUCAUCAGUAUGACUUAAGCGAGCGCAUGUUCCGGGAUGGAUCUCAUGAACUUCACGACUGUCAUCGACAGUGGGUUCCUGGAGGAGGCUCAGUCGAGCCGCGUCCUUACCGGCUGUUUCCUUUCGCUGCUCAUCCUCACCACCUUGCUGGGAAACACGCUCGUUUGUGCCGCAGUCACCAAGUUCCGACACCUGCGCUCCAAAGUGACCAACUUUUUUGUGAUCUCGCUGGCUGUGUCAGACCUCUUGGUGGCCAUCUUGGUGAUGCCGUGGAAGGCGGUGACGGAAAUCGCCGGCUUCUGGCCGUUCGGCUCCUUCUGUGACACCUGGGUGGCCUUUGACAUCAUGUGCUCCACAGCGUCCAUUUUGAACCUUUGUGUGAUAAGCUUGGACCGCUAUUGGGCCAUCUCCAGCCCUUUCCGCUAUGAGAGAAAGAUGACACCCAAAGUGGCCUAUGUGAUGAUCAGCGUGGCCUGGACGUUGUCUGUGCUCAUCUCCUUCAUCCCAGUGCAGCUCAACUGGCACAAGGCCCAAACUAAAUCUUACACCCCUCAUGCUGGCUCUCCAGGUUUAAAUGCUACAUCUUACCGCAGCACAGAGAACUGUGACUCCAGCCUAAACAGGACCUACGCCAUCUCCACCUCUCUCAUAAGCUUCUACAUCCCCGUGGCCAUCAUGGUGGCCACCUACACCCAGAUCUACCGCAUCGCACACAGACAGAUCAGGAGGAUCUCCGCGCUGGAGCGAGCGGCCGAAAGUGCCAAGAACAGACACGACAGCAUGGGCGGAGGCUCCAGCAUCGCCGAGUCCGAGAGCUCCUUCAAAAUGACGUUCAAGAGGGAGACCAAGGUGCUGAAGACCCUCUCGGUGAUCAUGGGGGUGUUUGUGUGCUGCUGGCUCCCGUUCUUCAUUCUCAACUGCAUGGUUCCCUUCUGCGAGCAGUCAAGCGGAGGGGAGGCUUUCCCCUGCAUCAGCCCCACCACCUUUGACGUGUUCGUGUGGUUCGGCUGGGCUAAUUCCUCCCUCAACCCCAUCAUCUAUGCCUUCAAUGCAGAUUUCCGUAAGGCCUUCUCCAUCCUGCUGGGCUGCCACAGACUUUAUCCAGGAGGCCACAACAUAGAGACAGUCAGUCUAAACAAGAAAUGACUCACGACUCUCUAACAGCACUGACUCAUCCUCAAUGCCAAGAGUCCCAGCGUUUCUGUACAGGCCGGUCUGAUCGACUUCAAACGAGGACGCUGCUCUCUGUGCUGACUCUUAGCGUGACUGAAGGAUGCGCUGACCCCGUACGUACCCAUGCUCGCACUGGGCCGAGCAGCCCUGUCUGUGUGAAGACUGUCAGAGCGAGCUCGCCGUGCUCACCGCGGUCACUGCACUCGUCUUCAAACGGAAGGAGCUCCGGAAAGAGGAGAUGGGAUUUUGGAGAGAUUGAGAUUAAGACUCUUCGCUGUUGUGCCAGGCAGCUGGGAGCACAGCGGUGCUGACACGCCCCUGGGAUAGAUAAUCCCAUGACUGGGCAGCAGGCUUCCUAAUGCUGUCAGACAGUGCUCUCUUCAAUACCAUCACACACAUACACAAACACAAACACUGUCAAAACAUGCUCCUCCAAAUACAGUGCAGCUCCCAGCAUGCACACUACAACAAAUUACAUGACAGCGCCCCCCCCCCAAAAAAAAUACUGCUGCUGAUUAACAUCCCGUGCUCCGCAGUGAAGCAACUAACCAAAUCCUGCUUCUGCAAAGAUGAACAUGUCGGUAAAGUGCAUCCACAUCCGAUCUGACUUGCCCUGGAAGUAAAAGUGAAAAAUGCAGCUUGUCAGACAGCAGGUCACAUCUCAUUGCUGCCAUCGGCGCAGAGUUGUUAUUUAUAUCUCAUCCAAAUGUCGAAUCAUUAUAACUUUAAACCAAAUUUACUCAACAGACACCUCAUGAAUUAUUUGUUUCACUUGCUCUGAAGUGUUUUAUGGAUGAGUGUCUCAUAUCGCUUGGUGUGUCCUGUAUUUUUCAUAAACAACAGCUGAUGACCUCUUUUAAGGAACAGGCACAAACCCCAAAACAAAGGUUUGGCUUCACGUGUGGUGUCUUUGAUUGUUCUGCUUAUUUGGGAGCUGAUAUAGAACUGUAAUUGGAUCACUAAUGUUGUGGAAGAUCAAUUUGGAUUUGCUCUUUGAAUUGAAUUAUUAAAGGAUAACCUUGGAUAAAUCUGGAUCUUAUUUUAAUAGUUCUGGCUAUUGUUACUUUUUGGUUACGAAAACGUUGCACUCAAACUAAUUGCUGACAUCUGGGAACACUGACGUCACCACAAUGGAAAACCGACAGGGCAAGAAACAUGAGCAGCCACACCAUGAGACCCGCUGUAACCCGGCUCACGGUGAAGUCAGAUUAUUGAAGCCACUUUAUUUGCAGGCAGAGCUGAAAGUGAGCUACUUCCUCACGUUAAAGGUCGCUUCUACUCUACAUUUUACACCGGGGAGAGAGCAGUAAUACAUGACAUGUAAUGGAUGGCCGCCACACGAGAACAAGGCUUUGCCUGCUGCACGUACACACUGUGAAUUCUGAUUUCAAGUAAUUACAGAUUGAAGGUGACAGCCCUAGUUAAGAUAAAUAGGGCAAGUGUGUGACAUAAAUGGUAAGCGACGAAGUCGGUCCUUAAACGGAAUUUACAGUUUGUGCGAUUAUUAUUUUUGGUCACCUCUUUUUCGGCCUUGUGAGACUUGAAUGAUGCAAUACAAGCUGUAUGGAGCCAUUUUAUGUUUGUUUUUCUCUGUUGUUUUUUUACAUUUUAAGACAAGUCCUACUUAAGUCUGCUUUCUUUGUUUUUAAUAAUUACGCAACACUAUUUUGCUGUGAAGCUUCAAAGAUGUCUCGUGAAAUUUCCCCCAAAUUUCCAUUUGUUUCAGGGUGGGUAGAUAAAGACAGAAUUUUUAUUCUUAAAAGGACAUGAUCAUUUCCUUCUGGUUUCACACAAACACGAGUGUUUGGUUAAAAGUCCUAUGGUCAUCAGUCACUUCCAUCCGCCUCUUCUUCUUUCUACUUGGACUUUCCUGCUCUUUAUAUUUGUCAUGAGGCAUUUUUGUGUGUGGUAUUCGGACACGCCUGAUAUCCACAGAACUUGAACGACCAAUGUAUCAGCAACACUGAAAAUUGGUGUUUGUACGCCACACAAUUUGAAAGUGUGUGGCUGUGUCUUAUGUACACAGAGUGAAUCAGCUGUGAUGCUCUGCAACAAAGCAAACAGCGUAGUACAAUAUCAUCAUGUCUGACAGAAAUGAUGGCCAAAACUAUUAAAACAAGUGAAGCAUUGCAUUCUGUAAUAUGAAGAACAGGAUCAUUAACAGUUACCUCCAAUUUGAUGUGCUGUAUUUAUUUUUCAGUGUUCUAACUUGCUUCAUCUAUCAAUUAGCUACUAAUGACAGAAACGACGGCUGUAGGUGUUCGAACUUAGCCCAAAACAGUCUCUUCAGAAUAUGCAGUUGUUUUGGAGGCCUGGCGAAUAAAUCCAUGUUGUUAUGUUGCAUUCAGAACAGAAGAAACAGUUGUGUCAGCUUCAGCCGUGAUGUGGGAAUAUCUCAACGCACAGCCUAAUAAACGUGUAUUUGUCCAUUUCGGUGGGGUCCACAUGUGUGCUGUUUGUG